AUGAGCAACAACGGUGUGCCAGUCAUGGACAAUGACGCAUCCAUGAAGGAGGAUUCACAGAAACCGACUCCGCGUGUUCGACUUAUCUUGGGUCCCAAUGCGGAUGUCUCUAGCAAAAGAAAAGCAGCCCCCACUCCUGAACAUCAUAAACUCGAUGAUGCUCGUUCAAGCGAGCAAUACCACAAGCAGGCUGCGACGGAAGCUAGACAGCAGCGUCGUGCUGCUAUUCAAGAGAACGACAAUCUUCGAGCUCAACUCAGCGCAGCUCAGAAUGAUGUCCUUGCUCAUCAGGAUGAAGUGCGUCGUUUGCACAUUCUGAUCGAGGAAGGCCGCAGCAAGCUUGAGGAGAAGAGUCGCGACGAAGGCGACUUGCAUGCUCAGAUAAUGCACGACCAGGACAGAUUGGCAGAUCUGCUACAACGAGUUACAGCUGCUCAAAACCAAGCAGCUGAAGCAUCUACGCAAUCCUAUCGCGCCCAGGAAACACUUAACGUGCGCGACAAGGAAGUCGAUCGACUUCGUGCUGAAGUGUGCGCGCAAGAGGAUGAAGUCGAGCGCCUUCGACAACAGAUCAAGAUGGCAGCACGUACUAAAGCACAACCCUUGACGGUAAAGCGCCGAGGACGAGUCAGCACCGAACUGUUCAACCCAGGGCGGCCAUCCGUGAUGCAACUCCCACUCGAUCCUGCGCCUCUUCCAAACGAGCGCCCUACGUUGUCAGCUCCUACGUCCGAUUCGGACCCCGAUUCGAGCCCCGAUAUGGAAAUUGAGGCAAUUGCAGCCAAAUUGGACAUGGACGUCGGAGAAUUGGCCAAAUUCUUGGCUGUGAUGAAGCUUGUAAACGGCAAGAACGUAAAUGUUGCCAUAGGGCCGUCAGAAGCAGCAGGACGCAAAGCAAAGCCCAAGGCUAAAGCAGACGCGAAAGCAGCCGUGGCGCCACAGGACAAGGAGCUAGUGAACGUGGCCCAUGCCAUGAUGCGCAACAUAACUUAUUGCAAGUUCGGAUACAACCAAGCGUCGGAUUUUAUCUUUCACGUCUCCGCGACAGAGGAUGAGGUCAGUGCUUUCGCCGAGAACAAUGAAGCCACUGUCACCAAAUGGCAAUUUGAUUUCAAUGAUGACUACACGAAUUCAGCAUGGAACGCGGCUCAGAUGGAGAGACUGGUGGAUGAGGCCGUGAAGGAGGACUACGCUGGAAUGCGAUACCUUCAGAAAGGUCUCAUCAAGCGCAAGUAUCUUGAGCUUAUUGUGACCGAGCAGCUCGCGCGGUACUAUGCGGAGUGGAAGCAGUUCCGCCCCAGGUGGGACAUGGAGGAAGGUCGCAUGGAAACAAAAGGCGAAGCAAUUGCUCGCGGCAAAGUCGUAUUGUACCACCGGCGCACGUUGUCCAAGACCAUCAAUGGACAGCACAACAAAUACGACCAUCGUCGCACCACCGUGGAGGCGACAAUCGCAUUGAAGGAGGCAGACGGUGGGAACGAUCUAACAACCUGGAAGAGAAUGCUAGACCUGCUGGACCUGCUCGGUCCGAGCGGAAUGUCCGAGGAGGAAGAGACGCAUUCGAUUGAGAAGGGUGCAAAGAUCAAGGUUUACAAGAUCAAGUUGUGCGUUUGGCGCGAGCCCGCGAUUGUGGACUACAUGCGCAUGGUGGACGCGCAGACUAUGCGUUUUCAAGCCCUUCAUAACGGCACCAAGCCCGCUCCUCGUGCACGUGUUGAUUUUACACGUGCUGAUUUUACACGUCCUGAUUUCAUUGAUCCCACAUCUCAUCCUCCAACAACCACCACCAUGAACCCAGGGCGGGAUUGCGGACAGCAGGGACCCAGGCGUUUGCCGCCGGGUCCAAAAGCAUCAGAAUCGACGUGUUUGCCACGCGGUUCUGUGGCUUCAGGCUCCAAUCUCGCGCCUAGCGACCACGGCCCACACCGACUUCUGCCUCUCGCGCUUCUUGAGGAAUUCAAGAAGAAGACACUCACUUCCACAGCUCAUUUCCACGGCGUCGUCCGCAACGAAUGGGGUGUCUUCAUGGUCUUCAACGCCGAUCGCACAUCGCUCCUUCGCAUUCCCCGCCCCGACCACAGUUACCACUCCUAUCCUGCACUUUACAAGACGUCCUGGGUGAGCGUCCGACGAGCUCAUCUCGCCUGCUGCCCUCGCUAUCCCAUGUUUGACGGCGAUCUGCUCGGUGUUCUCGACGUAUCAAUGCGCUCGUUGCCAACGAAAAGGCAGGAAUUGGUGGAUGGCCCGUCUUGGGUUCUUGCCCCGGCCAUAGCGAACAAAUGGAUCAGUCUGGAAGGAUUUCUGAGCAGGGUCGUCACUGUCCUGCGUUAUCACGUCGGCCGACUUGUCCCAGCUGUAAGUUGCGGGACAAUGCACCCGCGCCCUAUCACAUACGGCUAUACGAACUCUUUCUCCUCGGAAGACGAACUCAUUUCGGCGGUGUCUCAUUCUCGAGACGCGUUCACACCUCUGCUGGCAGCCAUUGCGCUGUGUUUCCUGGCUCUUGACGGAUCUCCUCAAUGUGCCAACUGGCGUUCUUCAGUCAUGAGGAAUCUCGAUAUCCAACACCGCCUCAUGGACUCGCUGGAGGACGUUGUUGAACGUCUCCUUCGGCAUCCAGCAGGAAUGAUCUUGGAUUGUACAAUAGAGAGCCCGCGCGAGCUAGAUUGGCUUUUCCUACUCCUUGUCAAUGACACCGUUCACAUCCAUGUCCCGUUAUAUUUCUUUUUGGGCGAAGGCGAACAGGCUGUGCAACGAGCCACCCAUCUUGAGUCUUUCCAGUCGAUGCGCAACAUCCGUCUGGACGUUCAGAACUCAAUCCGCACAUUGAUCUCGCUUCCUUCAUUACCGGUCGCCACUGAAGAGUUUGUUUUUGUUCAGUCCACAAUGCGUCAAUUCGGGACAUUCCCCAAUCCUGAAUACUACGCAGCUCUGGAGACCAAAAAGCGGCAGUUUCCACCCGUUGAGCCUCACAGCGGCCAGAAGGCAGGGCAGAUUUAUACGGAUUUUUUUGCCUGCUGCAAAGCCCGGAAUGAGCGUAAGCUUGCCGAGGAAACGAUUGAGCAGAGGCAGACGCGUCUUCAACGAGAACAGAACGCCAAGUCGCAGAAUUGUCCUGGCAAAAAGGGUGCCCGAGUAUUCAAGUGGGAGAAGAUCGACGACUUCUGGGUCCGUCGACUUGUACAACGAAACUUGGUCGAGGAGGAAUGGUGCGAUUUUGCACCUUCACAGCGUGUCUACAACUCGUUUGCCAACGAAUGGGACCUCUGUGCACCCUUGGAUCCCAAAGCUCAAGUCGAAUACGAUGACGACGACGACAGCGACGACGAUCCCUUUGGUUACUACAGCUCACGUGCCAACUUUGCCGCUGAUUUCGAUGACCAGCUUCCCACCGGACUAUCUGAUGAAGUACAAUCGACGCUGAACAACGCUUCUGCUGUCCUUCACCAUCUUGACGCGUACUACGACGACGACGACGACGACGACGAGAAGCCUACGAUCACAAACAUGGACGACAUCCCUGCUCAAAACGCUGUACGAGCCAUUCUCGAAUAUCGUGUGGGGCUUGUCGACCACACGGAGCGCCGCUUCGCUGAUACAGAAAUGAUCAAGCCUCGUGUCAGUGCCCACUUCCUCGGCAAUGGGACGUCCUCCACUCCCAAGCCACCAAGCGAUGCGGCCCUCGCAUUGCUGCAAGCAUUGUCCAAGGCAAAGCGUGUCCGAGACCUCCCCAAUGAUCUCUUUGACCUCGGCAACGACAAGAUAGCGGAUGACAUCUGGUCGAACAGUGGUGUUAGGGUGACAUUGCUCCAGGGCGUUAGUGCUCAAGCACAUCGCUCCACAGGAUAUGUCCUCAAACCGCGCAACCAAGCGGCACCUGGGAGACAGGUCCUCAUCUUCAGUGCUGCUUCUGUCAUGCAUCUCGUUCGCUGCCGUUGCCAGACCUGGGGCGAGAUCAUCUCACAUCUGUAUCAUCUCGGUUCUCCCUUCCACGUCGUUGUCGAGGACUCCAUCUUUGGACCAUCUUCCCAUCAACCGGACCUCUAUCAAUGUCGUAGCCUUGGAGUUCGCCCUGAGAGCUACAUUCCAGAGCAGCAGGAUCUUCGCACGUACUGGGACUCAAUGAAGCGCUUCCUCCUUUCUCCUCGUGGCCGACUAGCCCUUCAAGCUGGAGGCGUUGUUGCUCGGCUGGCACGCAAAGUCAUCGUGGACUCAGAAUUGGAGCUGAGAUCAGAUGAUGUCGACAUCGAGACCGCCGAGGAGCUAGUCAGAAGUGGGGAUACAGCGGUCUAUUACCAUGCAUUGAUGCAGGAGGAAAUGGAUCUUGUCCUCGGCGUGUACAGCAUCGAAAUGAACCAGCUGGAUCCCACCGCACGCAAUGGACAUCAAGAGAAACGUGUUUCGUGGUGGCCUCAAUCCGCAGCGUUUUUUACUUCGGGAAUGAGUGUCGGGUGGUGGACGCCAGAUUGCGAAAGAUGGUUCCAAGGCAUUCUGCAGGAGAUGGCGCAAGGCAGAGCUGUUGUUCUCAACAACACCCGUUGGAAGGAACGGAUUCGUGGGUACAGCGCUGCCUGGCGCCUUUCUAAGAAUCUCGACGCUGUCUGUGCCGACUUCCUUACCAAUAUCUGA